GUUGAAGAGGAGAAGAGAGCGCGAAUCGGCAAGCGAACUACACUGUAGAGUUGCUGUCAGCCUGUGCUCACUGUAGCCUACAGUCAGUCUCCCUGUGAGCUAUCUGUGUGACUGUGCGUGAUUCCGUUGCGUGACGAUAAAGACGUUACCAACAGAAUCCGCGUUUGCUGAUGCGCUGUUUUUGAACGUACACAAUACGAAACAGUCCACCACGGUAGCGAAUUUUUGGAGAUACCGGUUGAGAGGCUCUCAGACUAAAACAGUACAGGGAUCCUCAAGCGACUGCCUGCCAAAUCCAUGAACAGGACAGUUCGAGACAUCCUAGCCUGGUGAAAAUGGAAGUAGCUGUACCUGAGGAACCUCAAAAGAAAAUCUUUCGCGCACGGAAAACUAUGAAGAUGAGUGAUCGACAGCAAUUGGAAGUGCUGCACAACACCCUGGCAACCACCAACUCCAGCUUAUCUUCCUCUCCACCUCAGACACCUCUGAUGAACGGCACUCAUACCGAGACGGAGAAAGACUUGAAUAAUAAGGAGGGUGACCUGAUGGCACCUGCCACAGAUUCAGCUCGCUGUUCCCCAUCUCCAUCCUUCCCAGUCUCUCGAUCGCCCUCUCCACCCAACACACAGACUACCUCACCUGCGAUGGAUUUGGAAGACCCCCUUGUGGCCACCGAGGAGAAAAAGGAGACAAGCAAUAAAAGUUCAUCCUCUUCACCUUCUGCUUCUCCUGCUGGGUUGAACUGUGACCCAGAGGUUAAAGAAGGAUUUCUGUGCUUGAGCGAAGAAGAUGAGACCCAAGCAGACAAAGAUGAAAAAGACAGUAGUGAGGAGAAGAUGAAUGUAGAUGCUGAGACUGAAGACCAAAAAGAGGAAAAGGAUGAAAAAGAUACUGAUACACCUGAGAAUGCAGAAGCAGACAACAGUGCCCCUGUUGGUCUAAAGAGAACAUUGUCCGAGGAGAAAGAUGAAGAUGAUAAAGAAAUCGAGGAGGAGAGAGAUGGGAAACGAGCAAGGCUGGAGGGUGAGGAGCUGGAGGCUCAGCUGGAGCUGAAAAUCACAGCCAACGGUGGAAACCGGGACAAAAUAGAGAAGAUGGUGCAGCAGUUAGUCGAGGAACGGUUACGGGUCCUGCAGUUGACUGUAUUUGACAGAAGCUUAAAAGAGCUGAAAGACAGGGUGGAGAAGAUCGACAAUGUAACCAAACAACAGAAUGCUCUUCAGCAUAUUAAUACACUACAGGCUAAGAUUUCCCGGCUAGCCAAAAAGUUUGGUGCUGCUAAUCAGGCUUCGGAGAAUGCGAAGAGAACUCAAGAUGCUCAAGCUGCCGCUGCUGCUGCUCAAGCCAACAAUGCAACCAACGCGACUACACCACAACGUACUGUUAAAACCACAGUGGAUUCCAAAUUGUCCAGUUCACCUACUGUCUCUAACUCAACUGCGGUCCCAGCCCAGCCCAAACCUCUGUCCACGCCGGCUACGCCAACUUCCUCUGCUCUGGCUACCACUGCGCCAAUUCUUCAGAUCAUCUCCACAACCACAAGCUCCACUCCUUCAUCCACCUCUUUGCCUGGUCAGUCCCAGACUGGCACCCUACUACUAAAGACUGGUCCAAAUCCAACAGUUAUGACCAACGCCCCAGCAACAUCAGGGGGUCAACCGGUGGCCAUGCAGCAACUUUUAAUUCAGCUGCCUUUAGCCAUGGCCAAUGGGCAAAGCGGGGCGCUAGUUAAUGCUGCCGGUGGAGUUGGUUUGAUACCGGUGUCGUCAUUAUCAACGGUUAGUAACAUUAAUAAAGCAAAGACGACUACACCUGCUACCACCUUCAUGCUUCAGAAGACAGCAGGCAAUGUUUCAUCCGCCACUUCUUCAGCUCCAGCAGUGUCAUUAGCAAGGGCUGUGUAUCCGGGUGGCACAGGGACUGUUAGUUCACCCAACACAGGGAUAUCUGUGACAACUGCCCGAACGCCUACACAGUGUGCCGCUGUUGUGGGAGUCUCGACAGCAGCCGCUUCUCCUGGAACCACAGGACCUGCAGCAACAGGAUCAGCAGCAGCUGCGGCUGGUUCACCAUCGGCUUCGGCAUUGGCUUCUAAGACCGAUAAUCAGGCCUCGACACCAAAAACAGCCUCUCAGCCUGGGCGUCCUAAAGGUUCUGUGAUUGAUCUGACCGAAGAUGAUGAUGAUGUUCAAGUGACAGGAGUCCAAAAGGCUACUGUUUCCCCUGUCACUACCCAGCGUUCAUCUGGGCCACCUCCAUUAGUCAGCUCUACUCCUAAUACCGGUACAGGAGUUCGAUCGGCACAACGUUCCACUGUGGAUUCUCCAUCUCAAUCCCGUCCAAGCUCUUCUUCCUCCACCUCUCUUCCUCCGCUACCACUGGCACCAUCACCACCGGCGCGCCUCCCACCCGAAGCCAACCACACAUCCCCUCCACAGCAGCCGCAGCUCAAACUCGCACGCGUCCAGAGCCAAAACGGCAUCGUCCUCUCCUGGUGUGUUGCUGAAACAGACCGCAACUGCGCCGCUGUGGAUACCUACCACCUGUACGCCUAUCACCAGGACCACCAGAGCUCAGUUUCAGGUGCUUCAGCUCAGAUGCUGUGGAAGAAGAUCGGGGAGGUGAAGGCGCUGCCGCUUCCAAUGGCCUGCACCUUGACCCAGUUCGUGUCAGGUUCCACAUAUUACUUUGCAGUGAGGGCGAAAGAUGUGUAUGGACGAUUCGGUCCGUUCUGUGAACCGCAGUGCACUGAUGUCAUUACUCCAGCAUCUUCGGCAUCCACCUAAAAUGAUUCCAAGCGAUGGCGGGAGGUGGCCUGGGCCAACGGGAAAUUUGUAAUUGUUACAGAAUUGUUAACUAUGCGCAGACCACUGGGUUAGUCUUGCCCUUCGUGUUAGGAAUAGUAGGGAAUUCUAAUAGGUUUGUCUAAUGCAAAUGGACAUAAAAUGACUCGUCACUGCAUACAGACACGUACACUUUGUUUCAACUUUGUUUUACAAUGAGGAGGGAACUAUCAAACUUGCAUUGUGCUUGAAAUUGUAUUUUCCUUGUGCAGAAUGUUCAGUUAAGUAUUGUUUUCAAAUUUCUUUCUCUAUCAUUUUUUUUUUUACGUGGACAAUUUUUUUUUAAAAUAAAACAAUAUUCAAUACAUUGCACAGAUAUUCCAGUCUAGGUCCCGGUCAUUAGCUACAGGAAAGGAGAGAGGAGACGUGUUAAAGGUUUUUGUAAUGUUUUUUGUCUGGUACCCAGACACUCCAAAAUGACACUCAAUAAAAGUAUUGAUAUAUUUAA